AUGAAAGGCAUGCAAAUGCUCGAGAAGAUAAAGAGAGAGAUAUCUAUCUUAGACGGGCUUAACCAUCCUCACAUUACUCGUCUCUAUGAACUCGUAGACACCCCAACCGAUAUCUUCGUCAUCAUGGAAUACGUUGCAGGCAAGGGCGGGGAGUUGUUUGAUCAUAUAAUUCAAAAGGCCCGGCUAUCUGAGUCGGAGGCCCGCCGCUUCUUCCAGCAGAUUGUCUCCGCCGUAGAGCACUGUCACCAGCACCUCAUUUGCCACCGAGACCUAAAGCCAGAGAAUGUCUUACUAGAUGAAAACCUCAACGUUAAGGUUGGAGACUUCGGCCUCUCUAACUUCAUGCGCGACGGGGAGUUUUUGAAGACUUCGUGCGGCUCCCCUAACUAUGCCUCUCCUGAAGUUGUCUCUGGAAAGGCCUAUGCGGGUCCUGAGGUGGACGUGUGGUCCUUUGGAGUAAUACUCUACGCUCUCCUCUGCGGCUCUCUUCCUUUCGAUGACGAGCACGUACCGAAUUUGUUUAAGAAAAUUAAACAUGGGAACUUUACGCUUCCGGGUCACCUGAGCUCAGGGAGCCGCAGCCUGCUGCUGCAGAUGCUGAUGGUUGAUCCCAGCAGACGAAUACAGCUUCAAGAUAUUAAGAGGCAUCCGUGGUUUGAGGAGAAGCUGCCGGCCUAUCUGCGUACACUGAGGCCUGCAGCUGCAUGCGGGGGGCCCCCAGAUGCUCUUGUACUCAACCAAAUGGCCAAGUUAGGGUAUGAUGUGAGUGACCCUUCUGUCUUCUUAAAAGGCCUUUUGGGGUUCCCGAGGAGCCGCGAGGCCGUUGCUUAUCAGCUGCUGUCAGACCGUCGGAGGAAGCAGAUUGCUCUCUCAGGUGUGGUGCCGGAAGAACCCCCUACAUUCCCUGCUAGCGUCUUGAGGAGGCUAAGCCUCCGCUGCUGCGGGCGUGCUGCUUCUUGCGCAGCAGGAGCUUCUCUGCUGUCUCUGCAGCAGCAGCUGGGGGGUCAUAUGCCUAGCAGCAGCGGCAGCAGCAGCAGCAGCACCGGCAGCACCGGCAGGUUGGGGGGACCAGCAGCAACUGCAGCAGCAGCAGCAGCAGCAGCAGCAGCAGCAGCAGCAGAAUCUUCUCCCGAGUGCCGCUCUCCUAGUGGGGGGGGCUCCUGGGCUUCGGCUCGGUGGAAGCUCGGCAUAGAGGCUGCAUUUGAUGCCCCUAUACUCAUCACUGCUAUUCUAAACACCCUCAAGGCGUGCGACUACGAGUGGCAUCUUGUCUCGCAGUAUAAACUGCGCUGUCGCCCGCUUAGGCCUCCGCAGCCGGAGGCCCCUCAACCAAGCAGCAGCAGCAGCAGCAGCAGCAGCAGCAGCAAAGAGGAGUUUGCAUGCGAGACAGAAGACAUCAUUUUGUCGGUUCAGCUCUUUAAAGUCGGCAGCUGCCGUUACGUCAUCGAUGUGCAGCUGUUUGAAGGAUGCGCAAUGGUUUCCAUAUCAGAGGCGCUGUGGGUGACGUCAGCGAUAUACUCUGCGCUGACGCAGCUGCAGCGGCAGCAGCAGCGCUGCAGGCUGCAUGCGCCUUCUCCGCAGCAGCAGCAGCAGCAGCAACAGCAGCAGCAGCAGCAGCUCUCAACACCUCCCUUCUUGCUGCCUACCUGGUCGCCAACAAACCCCGUGACUCUGUCCUCAGGGGGCCCUCCCCACAGACUCUUCGCUUGA